AUGCCUUUGACUCCUGAGCAGGCCAAAAUCAUCAAGGCCACCGUGCCCAUCCUCGCCCAGCAUGGAAACACCAUCACCACCCGCUUCUACGCCAACGUGCUGCGCGAAAAUCCGGACCUCAACAACAUCUUCAGCAACACCCAUCAAGUCACCGGCCACCAGCCGCGCGCCCUGGCCAUGUCGCUGUACGCCUACGCCUCGAACAUCGACGACCUCGGCGUGCUGAGCCCAGCCGUCGAGCUCAUCUGCCAGAAGCACGCCUCGCUGUACAUCCAGCCAGAGCACUACUCCGUCGUCGGCACCUACCUGCUGGCAGCCAUGAAGGAGAUCCUGGGCGACGCCCUGACGCCCGACAUCCACGACGCCUGGGCCGCCGCGUACUGGCAGCUGGCCGACAUCAUGAUCGGGAAGGAAGCCGAGCUGUACAAGCAAGCCGACGGCUGGACCGACUGGCGCGACUUCCGCAUCGCCCGCAAGGAGCCCGAGUCGUCCGAAAUCACAUCCUUCUACCUCGCCCCCGUCGACGGGAAGCCGCUGCCCGCCUUCCUCCCCGGCCAGUACAUCUCCAUCCAGGCGCACGUCGCCGGCCUCGAGUUCAAACAGGCCCGCCAAUACUCCCUCUCCGACGCCCCCAACGCCGCGCACUACCGCAUCAGCGUCAAGCGCGAGCCGGGCGUCGACGGCGUCGCGCACCCGGGCUACGUGUCGAACGUGCUGCACGCCGACAAGCGCGAGGGCGACGUCCUCCGCGUCUCGCACCCCUACGGCGACUUCUUCUGCGACGCCGCCGCCCUCCCCGCCGCCGACAGCCCCGUCGUGCUCCUCGCCGCCGGCGUCGGCCUCACCGCCCUCAUGUCCAUCCUCAACACCCUCACCAGCUCCACUUCCACCACCGACCAGCCCUCCCGCCCCCGCCGCCCCAUCUCCUGGAUCCACGCCGCCCGCACCACCCGCGCCCGCGCCUUCGCGCCCCACGUCCGCCGCCUCGCCGCCGCCAACCCCAACCUCCGCGCCGUCAGCUUCGUCUCGCGGCCGGACGAGGCGGCGGACGUGCCGGGCCGCGACUACGACGCCGUCGGCCGGCUGGAGCUGGGCAGGCUGGACGCCGAGAGAGACCUGUUCGUCGCCGACGGGCGCACGAGGUACUAUGUGUGCGGGCCCGAGCGCUUCAUGGUCGAUAUGCAGAAGGGGCUGCGGGCGCUGGGCGUGGAUGAGGAGAGGGUGCAUUUGGAGUUGUUUGGGACGGGGGGUGUGUCGAAGGCUUGA